AUGUCGCAACAAAUCGCCACUCCCCCACGGGACGUCGAGUCCCUCGAAGAAAAGAAUAGCAUCACCGACGCCACCGCCCUCCCCACACUCGGCGCCGCCCAGACCAAAUCCGAUGGCCUCACCGACUUCCACUAUGACGAGGAGGCCGAGACUCAUCGCGCCAAUAUCGGAAAUGCGAGGAUUGCAGGGCUGGAGAAGGACCUCGGGAUGAACCCCAAGAGCUACCAGUACAACAUUCUAUUAACGUCAUUCUAUAUCGCCUAUGUGGUAGCAGAGAUCCCUUCGACGAUGAUGACGAAGUUCGUCGGACCGGGUCGCUGGAUCCCCUUCAUCACAUUCCUCUUUGGCCUGCUGAGCAUCUGCAACGCCUUCGUCACCAACUUCAACGAGGCCGUUGGCGUCCGUUUCGUUCUCGGAAUCGCAGAGGCGGGAAUGCUCCCCUCAAUCGCCUUCUACCUCGCACGGUGGUACCGCAAGGAUGAGCUGGCCUUCCGCUGCGCCAUGUACAUCGUCAUGUCCCCCGGCGCGGGCGCGUUCGGCGGCCUGCUCGCCUCGGGCAUCCUGCGCAUCGGCGACUUUGCCGGCAUCGAGCGCUGGGAGAAGAUCUUCUUCAUCGAGGGCUUGAUCACCGUCGCCAUCUCGAUCUUCGCGUGGUUCACCAUCACCAACAGCAUCGACUCGGCGCGCUGGCUGAGCGAAGAGGAAAAGGAGCUGGCGCGCGCGCGCAUGCUCUCGGAGCAGGUCGGGCAGAAGACGCUCAUCGACAAGGCCCGUCUGCGCUCCGUCAUCCGCGGCAUAACCGCACCCACCUCGCUCGUGUGCGCCACCAUGUUCUUCUUUGACAACGUUACCGUCCAGGGCAUCGCCUUUUUCCUUCCCUCGAUCGUCAGGACCCUCUUCCCAGGCAAGACGGUGAUCCAGCAGCAGCUGCUCACGGUGCCGCCCAACGUGUUCGGCGGCGUGUGCGUGCUGGUGGUGGCCUACUGCUCGACCAAGUUCAAGGUGCGCGGCCUCGUCAUUGCCUUUACCAGCCUCUUCACCGCGGCGGGCUACGUCAUGUACCUCGCCUCGUCGCAGACCAACACGCGCUACGCCGCCUCGUUCCUCGCCACGGUCGGCUGUUACGCCCACGGCGCCGUGGUGCCCGCCUGGGCCACGAUCAACACCAACAACGACUCGGAGCGUGCCGGAGCCAUCGGUAUUGUCGUGCUUCUUGGCAAUUUCGGGGGAUUGGCCGCCACCUGGACCUACCUUCCCAAGCAUGCGCCCAACCAGGUGCCCGGAAACGCGGUCAACCUGGCCGGCGCGCUUUAUAUCACGGUCGCCUCGCUCGGCCUCGUGGCGUGGCAGCGCUACAUGAACGCCCGCGGCCAGUCGGGCAAGCGCGACCACGAGAUUGAGGGAAUGACGCAGGAGCAGAUCGACGAGCUUGGUUCGCGCCACCCGCGCUUCCUCUACCGGUGCUGA